AUGGCGGACGUAGUUCUUGACGCCGAGGAAGCAGCAGCAGCAGCAGCAGCAGAAGAAGCAGCAGAAGCACCUGAAGCAGCAGCAGCAGCAGCAGCAGCAGCAGCAGCAGCAGCAGAAUUCGAGUAUGGAGCAGCAGCAUUUGAGCGUAAGUUUAGGAAGCAGCUAGAGGGGUUGCAGGCCCGCAGCGACGCAGAAGCAGCAGCAGCAGCAGCAGCAGCAGCAGCAGCAGCAGGAGGAGGUGCAGCAGGAGCAGGAGGAGCAGCAGCACCAGGAUCAGCAGCAGCAGCAGCAGCAGGAGGAGCAGCAGAGGAAAUAGUUGGUGAAGCAGGAGCAGCAGCAGCAGCAGCAGCAGCAGCAGCAGCAGCAGCAGCAGCAGCAGCAGCAGCAGCAGAACAAGAUUUCGGAGCUCUUUCUCCGUCUGAUGCAGCAAAUAUAACAAAACAAAACCUCGAUUUACCCCCCAGGGCUGAAGCUAAACCACACUGGAAAGUCAGAGCCAGAAAAUUCCAAGAGAGAGCAGCAGCAGCAUUUCUAGCUGUUGACGAAGCAGCAGAAGCAGCAGCAUAUAACGAGCGGCAGCAGCAGCAGCAGCAGCAGAUAGAGAAACAGCAGCAGCAGUUGCUGCUACAGCAGCAGCAGCAGCAGCAGCAGCAGCAUGAUGAUACUGAUGAGGAAGAACUGCAGCAGCAGCAGCAGCAGCAGCAGCAGCAGCAGCAGCAAUUCUUCGAUGAUGAAGAUGACGAUGACUUUGGAUUCGAUUCUGAUACGUCUGAGUAG